CACAACUUCCAAACCGAUCAAAAAAAAAACCCAAAAUAAUUAAGAAAAAGAAGAAAUUAAUCCUCCCCUCCUCGAUCCCGAGCUCGCGCGACAAGUCCGACCACCGCGGCGAUGGAUUUCUCCGGCGGCGGAGGCGGCGGCGGCGGCGCGACGCUGUCGGAGAUGUACCAGAGCGCGCGGCGGCUGCUGCUCUCGGCCCGGGACGGCGUGGCCCGCGUCGAGCGCCUCGCGUCGGCGCCCACCUCGUCUUCCUACUCCUCGGCGCCGCUCGUCGGGGGCGGCGGCGGUGCCGGGGAUUCGGCAGCCGCCGAGGAGGUGCGGCGGGAGGUGGCCCAGAUCCAGGGGCUGUGCGCGCAGAUGGACCGGCUCUGGCGAUCCAUCCCCGCCAAGGGCCAGCGUGAUCUCUGGAAGAGAAAAGUGGAGCAGUUGUCUGAAGAGGUUGAUUCGCUAAAGGAAACCCUUGACAGACAUUCUCUGCGGCAAAAAAAGAGGGUUCUAGAAGCAAAAGAAAGGGCAGAGCUAUUUGAGAGAGCUAAUGGUGAGUCUUCACAUGUCCUUCGGAUAUUUGAUGAUGAAGCCCAGGCAAUGCAAUCAGCUCGUAGCUCCUCUCGUAUGCUUGAUGAAGCAUAUGAAACAGGAGUAGCUAUCCUUCACAAGUAUGCUGACCAGAGGGAUCGUCUAAAGAGUGCUCAAAGGAAAGCGUUGGAUAUUCUGAACACCGUUGGUCUAUCAAAUUCUGUUUUGAAGCUUAUUGAGAGGCGGCACCGUGUGGACAAGUGGAUUGCAUAUGCUGGUAUGAUGAUCACAGUGGUGGUGAUGUUUGUGUUUUGGCGGUGGACGCAUUAGUGCUGCAGUGUGUCGGAAACAGCAUAUUUGUGUUUGGAAGUUGACAGUUGAGACAAGUGGUAGUUCUGAGGAUAUAUCAACAACUGAAUGGCAAGAGAUUGGAUCCCCUUUUUGUUCAUGCUCAACUCUGAUUGGUAACUAGCGUUACAAGGGCUUUCUCUGGGGGGGCAUAAAAGCUGCUUUUCUUUUUCAACGCGGGUUUCCGGCAUGCCAGUAUAUAUGCCACUAUGUCUAUGUGGAUCAAAUUCUUUUCUGUAUGCACAUCACAGUAAGUCUAUCACUAUAAUUCUGAUUCAAGUGUAUCCUAUGGUCGGUGCAGAUAUAUAUACUGCACAUGUACAGAAAAACUGAUAGGGUUACUGUCUGCGGAUUCUAGUUCAUUCUGUACAAACAUAGUAUGCUUAAUGAUCUUCCUUUCCUUUUCCUCUUUUAUAUAACUGGAGUACGGUUUGAGCACAAA